AUGUCUGCUCUCGAGUCAAAUCUAAGCCGCGCGGCGCGCUACUCCAUUCCAUUCGCGCUGGUGUUCAUCCCGCUCUGGAGGAGACAAGUUCAAACCGAAGUCCCCGAACCAUACUUAGACGAAGUAUUUCACGUCCCCCAGGCACAAGCUUACUGGGCAGGCCAGUGGACACAUUGGGAUCCUAAAAUUACUACUCCGCCUGGCUUGUACCUAUGGUCCUAUCUACUAUGCGCCGCGUUGCUCUUCCUCCGCGGGUCUCCGACGAAGCUCACCACCGAAGCUCUCCGCACGACCAAUGUUGCCACUACGGCUAUGUUCCUACCCUGGAGACUGCAGACACUUUCUGAUGCUGUGCACAAUUUGAGAAACAACCGGACUCUAGGCUCAUGGCUCAGCCAUUCCGUCUUGAAUAUUUGCUUGUUCCCGCCGCUGUUCUUUUUCUCCGGUCUUUACUAUACCGAUAUCCUCGCUCUUUUGGUCGUUAUCGAGGCUUAUAAUUGGGACUUGAAGAGGAAUACUGGAUCGGGCUUUGCUGCUUUCUUUUCUACGUUGGGAUUCCUUGUUUUUGGUCUUGCUGCGCUUGCUUGCCGACAGACCAACAUCUUUUGGGUUUCGGUCUUUCUAGGUGGAUUACAGGUGGUUCGAAAAAUUCGGAGCUCUUCUGAGGCAUGCAAAUCAUCUGGGAUCUCAGAUAUUGUGAAGGGCGGUUUGCAGAAUGAGAUUUACGAUCCUCUUGUCUCGGAGGCUUGCUUAGAAGAUUACUUCAAAACCGCUAUUUCUCUUGCUACUACUUGCCUCAGGAACCCGCUCGCUACCGUGGCUUCGGUCAUACCACACAUGAUUAUUCUUGGAGCUUUUGGUGCAUUCGUUUUGUGGAACGACGGUGUUGUGCUUGGUCACAAGGAAUUUCACACGGCCGGCAUACAUCUGGCUCAGAUGCUCUACAUCUGGCCGUAUUUUGUCUUCUUCUCUUGGCCACUGCUUAUCGUUCCAAUGGCAAAUAUCAUUAUCCCCGUGACCUUCUUGCCCAAGUAUCUAAACUAUGGCUUCCCGGAGAAGCAGAGACGGCUCCCAAAGCUCCUCGCUGCCUUGUUUGUCCUUCCAACCAUGCUCGCCAUCGUCCAUUUUAACACGAUCGUGCACCCCUUUACCCUAGCCGAUAACCGACACUACGUCUUCUAUGUCUUCCGGCUUCUCCUGGGUGUUCACCCUGCUGUGAAAUAUGCGGCCGUUCUGGUCUACUUCCUCUGCGGAUGGGCCGUUGUCUCUGCCUUUGGCUUCACUAUUGUCCAGGCACCGCCUCGAUUACUUCGAAUCCCCCAGGCUCCAGCUCCAGCUCCAACACCCGCGCCAGCUGCUGCAACCCCUGCCACCGAGCAGGCCCAAGGAAACAGGAAGACCCGCCGAGCCAACGAGAAGUCUGCAGCCAAGAAGGACCAGCAGCCAAAAUCGAAGCCUAAAUCAAAAUCGAAACCGAAGUCAAACCAGCCCGAGCCUAUGGCACCUGAGGCUUAUGCUAAGGUUCAAGAAGGCCUCAUCAAGCGUCGCAAGGAGCAGCAUGGCGCUCCGCGUGUCAGCUUCGUCCUUGUAUGGCUUGCAGCGACCACCCUGUCCCUUGUGACAGCCCCCUUGGUCGAACCUCGUUACUUUAUCAUCCCCUGGGUAUUAUGGCGUCUGCAUCUUCCAGCCAUGCCGAACCCUGCCGCAUUUCGGAAGCAACGUCCUCAAACCGAAAGGGAGAGAGAAAUCAAUGACUUGGCUACCAAUGCACCCAAGUUCGUUGAGACUGUUUGGUUCUUGGUUAUUAACGCUGUCACCGGGUAUCUGUUCUUAUACAAGGGCUUUGAGUGGCCCCAGGAGCCUGGUAAGAUCCAACGGUUCAUGUGGUGA